AUGCCUACUUUCGAUUCCAUUCCAUUCAUCCCCGGCUUCUCGAAAGAUCAGGUUCAGGGCCUAAUGGCUCAAAUUCAAGACAUAAUAAGAACUGAAAUAGAUCAACUACGCAAUGAGUUUCGCCAGCAACCAAGUCAAAUCCUUCCAGUCAUUCAGCCAGCCAUUCAGCCAGCCACUCAGCCAGCUACUCAGCCAGCCGCUGAGCCAGCCGCUCAGUCAACCCCUCAGCCAAUCACUCAGUCAAAGCAAGAGGAGGAACCACUACAGGCAAUUGCGGAGAACACUGCGGAGAAACCAAGCGGCAACAAGGCCACCAUCGUCAAGGACAUGGCUCAGCUCUCCACGAUCCCGCGUCAAAUCAUCACUCAGCAAGCGGAGAACACCACUACGAUUUGGCCUACUGUCUCCACAUGCCUGGGCAAUAUCACAUUGUGGUACAUCACUGCAAUGAGCACACAAGAGAAGGAUCUACUGCGUCGAUCACAGCCAAUUGGGCCUCUACAGAAGGACAUGGAACGAUGCAUAUUUGGACGAAUUGAAACCGUCUGA